CACGGCAUGAGCCGACACUUGCUGCGGGCGGCGCGCGCCGCGCUCCCCGCCGGGGCCCGGCAGCUGCGCACCGCGGUCCCCCGCCGCCGCGGCGCCUGCGACUUCUUCCUGGGGACACCGCUCAAGGAGGGAGUCUUCCCUUAUCCAGAGAUUACCAAUGAAGAAUUGAAAGAAAUCAACCAAUUUGUAGGACCUGUAGAAAAAUUCUUCCAUGAAGAAGUGGACUCUAAGAAAAUUGAUCAAGAUGCUAAAAUCCCACCAGAAACGCUAAGGGGACUGAAGAACCUGGGGCUUUUUGGCAUACAGAUUCCAGAGGAAUAUGGUGGUCUUGGUUUUUCAAAUACUAUGUAUGCAUACUUAGGAGAAAUAUUUUCUCUGGAUGCAUCUAUUGCAGUUACUUUGGCAGCUCAUCAAACUAUUGGGCUUAAGGGAAUUCUGAUUGCUGGCACUGAUGAACAGAAAGCAAAGUACCUGCCUAAAUUGGCAUCUGGGGAGCAUAUUGCAGCUUUUUGCCUUACAGAAACUGGGAGUGGAAAUGAUGCUGCAUCCAUCCAGACAAGAGCCAAGUUGAGUGAAGAUGGGAAAUACUUCUUACUAAAUGGUUCAAAGGUCUGGAUAUCAAAUGGUGGCCUAGCUGACAUUUUUACUGUUUUUGCAAGGACUGAGAUUGUUGAUGAAGAUGGCACAGUAAAAGACAAAAUUACUGCCUUCAUUGUAGAAAGAGCCUUUGGCGGAAUCAUGAAUGGGAAGCCUGAGGAUAAAUUGGGCAUUCGAGGAUCCAAUACCUGUGAAGUACAUUUUGAAAACACAAAAGUGCCUGUAGAGAAUGUUAUUGGAGAAGUAGGAGGAGGGUUUGAGGUAGCUAUGAAAAUCCUGAGUAAUUCAAGGAUUAGCAUGGGGAGUGCAUCUGUAGGAAUUAUUAAGAAGUUGAUAGAAAUGACAGCAGAGUAUGCUUGUACAAGAAAACAGUUCAAUAAGAAACUGAGCGAUUUUGGAUUAAUUCAGGAAAAGUUUGCUCUUAUGACUGUGAAGGCAUAUGUAAUUGAGAGCAUGGCUUAUCUCACUGCUAGAAUGAUGGAUGGUCCAGGACUGCCAGAUUGUUCUUUGGAAGCAGCCAUGGUCAAGGUGUUUAGUUCUGAAGCUUGUUGGAUAUGUGUAAGUGAAGCGUUACAGAUUUUUGGAGCACUUGGCUAUAUGAAGGAUUACCCCUAUGAACGUUAUCUCCGGGACAGCAGGAUCCUGCUGAUCUUUGAGGGAACAAAUGAAGUUCUGCGACCGUAUAUUGCUCUGAUGGGUAUGCAGUAUGCAGGCAAAAUCUUAACUGAAAGAAUAAAGGAAUUCAAGCAACGAAAGGUUCCAUUCAUACUGACAACAUUUCUAGGACAAUUCCAGGACUCGAUAGGCAGAAAAGUAGAUUUAGGACUGGUUGGUGAUAAGGGUGUGAUACAUCCCAGCUUAGAGGAAAGUGGCAAGCAGCUUGAAGAAAAUAUAUAUUAUUUUGGACAGGUAGUAGAAGGCUUGCUGAGGAGGUUUGGCAAGACUAUAGUGGAUGAGCAGCUGAUUCUGAAGAAAGUGGCAGAUAUUGUCAUUCAUUUGUAUGCGAUGACUGCAACUAUUUCCAGGGCUAGUCGGUCAAUCAGUAUUGGUCUACGCAAUCAUGACCAUGAAGUGCUUCUUACAAACCUGUUCUGCAAAGAGGCAUUUUUCAAAAAUAAUUAUGCCAUAGCUGAGUUAGAAAAAUAUUCUGAAGAAAAUAUGGACAGCAGCAUUAAAAAAGUUGCAAGGCAGGUGUUGGAAAAAAGAGCAUAUACUUGUUCCUAUCCAUUUGACAGGACUUUCUAGUCAUGAGUGUAACAGAGGAACCUAGACUGUGACUGAAAAAGGCAGGGGUAUUACUCCUCUCUGGUUCAAGUUCUCAGCCAUGUGUCUGACUGUUUUAAGCAAAAGACUUUCUUUUAAUGGAAAAUAUGUUACCAUCUGAACAAAUUUGUAAAAAUAAAAUUUUACUGCCUCGUGUGUAAACAGACCACAUGAAAACCAAAAUCAAGCAGCAUCUACGGGUGAUUCUUUUUUUUUUUUCUAAUUAUGGUAGCAUCUGAUCUGAAUGAACAUGGCAAUACUUGACUUUCAUUUCCUGGCAAAGGAAAUGUAAUAAAGGCACUGCUUGAUUUACCCUC